CAGUGAACAAGUGAAACUUUGAUGAGGCUGUUCCUCUUUCCUCUGUGUCAGAACCUAUUAAUAAUCUAUUUUGCUUGUCAACAACUAAGUGAAUUCUAAUGAUUGACGAGGACAGCUGGAGUGUCUGUCAUACCACCUUUGCAUAGGUUUUUGUUUAUAUUGUAAAUUGUCAAGUUAUGGAAAUUCAGCACUGAAUGGAAAACAGAGGAUUUUGUUACAGUACAGGAUAUCUUCAUUUGUUAACUUGAGCCCUGUGGUGUGAAGAGACAUGAAGGCUCUGUUUGGACUGUUGGUGAUGUUAGCAGCAGUGUCUCAUGGCAUGGAGACCCCCUGUGAUGCUACACUGGAUGGAACUCGGUGUUAUGGAACUCUGGGAGGAACUGUCUUUCUCCAGCUGAUACACGUUGUCAGUGGAGUCCCUGACAUAUCAUUAAAAACCGAAUCCAAUGAUGCUGCUAAAAUUAUACUCAAAAUUAGAAACAAACACCCCAAAAUAGUGAAAAUCCACAAAUCCAUUGAAACCAGAGCACACUUCUUUAUCAACAACGGGACAUUUAGGAUAGAUAACACAGAAAGGAAUGAUUCUGCUGAAUAUAGACUAGACACAUUUAAUGCAGAUGGGGAAACAUUAGGGACCAGGAAACUACAACUGUUUAUUGAAGCCCCAGUGUCCUCUCCUCAGCUGUCCUCUCAGUAUCUGACCCAUGGAGAGAUGAGGGUGUCCUGCUCCUCUGAGGGGGACGGUCCCCAGUACAGCUGGACUUUGGAUGGACACCCACUGAGAGACACUAAGGCCUCUCCUGGUGACAAGACAAACACCAUUACACUGAAGAAAGGCCAGUCUGGAGAUCUCACCUGCACCGUCAAAAACAACAUCAACAGUGUUACCACCAGUGAGAGAAUCUCCCCCUGUGAGGGGCUUAUGUAUGUUAACUGCACUUCCAACGGGACAAAGAUAUCAGAGUGGGUGAUUGCCACUGGUAAUACCCUGUGUAUUGAACUUACAACAGUGGCACACACAACUGUGACAAAUGCCUUCACCAGUAAAACAGAAGCAACCAAAGAGAUCAUAGGGAUGGUAGCAGCGUCUCUGGCAGGUGUAGUCCUUGUCCUAGUGAUGGUGUUGGCAGUUUACUGUGUCCAGAAGAAAAAGAAACCUCCAAAGACUUCAGUUCAUGUUGACAGUCAGGAUGUGGAAUACGCGAAUGUCAGGACACUGAAGAAGCAGAUGAGACUGCAGGAAAGAAAGGUGGAGUACAGACAGGUGAAAAUUACUGGGGCUCCCCAGCAGCCAUUGGAGGUGUUUGGACAGAAUAAAACAUUAGAGGGUCCCCGGUGGAAGGUAGGCACACCUGAGGAGGGGGACUGUGUGUACGCCAGGGUACGCAAAGGCCAGUGAGCAAGAUACUGUCUAGAUUCAAUAUAACAGAAGUAGGCUGAUUUAUAGGAAAGUACAACGCAGUGUCCAUCUUUCUAUUUGCAUAUCAUCCCUAACAGGUAUUGCAUAUCUUACAGAUUUUGUCCCAUUAUUACUAGAUUCAGGUUUUCAAAGGUGGUCAUUACUUAAUUUGCAAUAUGUACACCAAGUCUUAAAGAACCACCAAGUUAAAUCAUUUGACGAACUAAGUUCAGACUUCCAUUUGCCAAAGUCAGAUUUCUUUUGCUAUUUACAACUAAAAUACUAUUUACUGAAACACCCCAAAUAGGUAAUAACAAAGGGUGAGUACUCUCCCAUAGAAAAACUCAAUCAUCAGAAAAUGGCAACUAGUAGUCAACAAAUAAAACUGCACCAAUGUGUUGAUAUCAUGGCACUGCGCAAUACUCCGCAAACUAAGUGCAAGUGGGAACCUGAACUUGGGGAGAACAUUGAACAUGAAACUUAGGAGGAAAUACAAUUUUGGGUACUUUCUAACUCCAGACACAAUGGUGAAGAUAAGUCAAGAAACAACCAGUGAAUACUGGAGAAAAUGUGGGGAAUUGUUCAUAAACUAGCCACUUAUUUUGGGAUCUUGUUCCAGAAUGAUGAAAUGAUGUUAUUAUGUUUUUAUUAUUAUGUUUUUGACUUUGUUAACAAUAUGUUUAACCACAUAAAUAUUCCCUUACCUUUGAUGUUCUUCGAUCAGAAGACGUGGAAGGAGUUAUACUUACCAAUACAUCAUUUGGUUUCAAGUUGUGUGUCUCUGUAUUAGCAUAUGCUAACAGCUUCAGCUGAAAUGCACCCAAAAUGAUGUCUGGUCCCGCACUCUUGCGCAUUAAAACUUCAAAAUUACAUAUUAUAUGUCGACUAAACUGGUCAAACUAAGUGCAGAAUCGAUCUUUAGGAUGUUUUAAUCAUGUAAAACAAAGAUCAGCGCGAACAGACAAACCGACAUCGAUUGGUGUUUCAUGGAAAAAGAGGGAGCUCCAAUUCAGACGCGCGCAAUAGAGUGCAUGUAUUUUCGCGAGGGCGCAGGAGAUUCUCACAAUGAACGCAUCAUUUGAAAGCAGACAUCGCGCUGAACACAUAGAAACUGUUCCUGGAUCCAUAGCUGGUUGGGAAGGGUGGGGGCGAUGACGUCAAAGUUGUCCCAACUUUUCUGUUGCCAAGAGGGUGUUUGGGAGAAUGGCUGCCCUGAGAGUUCUGCUUUACAUACAGACAUAAUUUAAACGGUUUUAGAAACUUUAGAGUGUUUUCUAUUCAAUAAUAAUUAUUAUAUGCAUAUAUUAGACAUUUUUGACAAAAAGAAAUUCUGUUUACUAUGGGCACGCACUUCCUCCAAAGGGGGCAGUAUUCAGUCCGAUCUCCAAGAGGUACCUCUUGAUACUACCCAUCCCGGAUCCGGGAUCGUGACUACAGGCUCAAGCUCAUUACCAUAACGCAAAAUGCAAAAAAUAUUCUUAGAAAUAUUUAACCUCCACACAUUUACAAGUCCAAUAGCUCAAAUGAAAGAUAAACACCUUGUUCAUCUACCCAGCAAGUCAGAUUUCUAAAAUGUUUUACGGCGAAAACACACCACACAUUUAUAUUAGACCACCACCGAAACAAAAGACAAGAGGCAGCCAUUUUGUCCCAGAAAAUAUAAAAUUAUAAAAGCAGGAUUAAAAAAUAAAUCAUUCACCUAACCUUUUGAAAAUCUUCAUCAGAUUACAGUAAUAGGACAUGUUACACAGUACAUUUUUUUUUCAAUAAUAUGCCAUUUAUAUCCAUAAAUCUCUGUUUACAAUGACGACAUUUUCGAAAAAUCCUACUCAAAUGUCCGGAGAAAUGAUGAUAGCUCCGACAGAUAACGUCAGAUAACAAGCAAUACACAUGACUAAAUAUACAUGUUCUACAUAUAGUUACAAAGAUACACUUCUUCUUAAUGCAACCGCUGUGUUACAUUUAUUUUUAACGUUACAGAAUUCGUUCACUAGGCUAUAAUAUGAGGCGGCGCUCAGAUAUUAGCAGCAUGUCUCCUCUAUGUUUGGAGAGCACAGAAACCCAAAAUGUAAUGCUCCCUGGCAAAGGACCCAACGAGUAUUACAAAAUGCCUAUCUAUUGAUUAUACUCCUGUCUGCAGCAAAUAAAUGUAUUACAGCACAUUUGUUAAAUAAGGACAUGAGUGGAAUUGUAGAGUGAAAUGAAUGUAUUUCAUGUAGAAUAAAAUUACAAACAGAUAUAUGUGGAAAAAAAAUGGGAAACGCUCCUUGUAAAUAACAUUGUGUAGACUUAAGACUCAUUAGUCUUGAAGCAAACAAACAUAUGAUGAAUGUGAUUACUAAUUUUUGCUUUUAUUUUUUCAAAUUGCUUUUCCUUUCGGUGCCUUCAGAACAUUUUCACACCCCGCAACUUUUUCCACAUUGUGCUGUUUGCAGCCAGAAUUUAAAAUGGAUUCAAUUGAGAUUUUGUGUCACUGGCUUACUCACAAUAAUGUCAAAGUGGUAUUGUGUUUUUUUUAUGUUUACAAAUGAAUAAAAACAGAAAAUCAGAAAUGUCUUGAGUCAGUACAUUUUCAAGCCUUUUGUUAUAGAAUGCAAAAAUAAGUUCAGGAGUAAAAUGUUCUUUAACAAGUCACCUCUGUGUGCAAUUGUAGAGUGGCAAAGAAAUUAAGUUCAUAUCCUGAAUACAAAGUGUUGUGUUUGGGGCAAAUCCAACACAACACAUAAAUGAGUAUCACUCUUCAUAUUUUUUUAAAUGGUGGUGGCUGCAUCAUUUUAUGGGUAUGUUUGUUAUCGGCAAGGACUAGGGAGUUUUUUAGGAUAAAAAAAAUGGAAUAGAGCUAAGCACAGGCAAAAUCCUAGAGGAAAACCUGGUUCUGUCUGCUUUCCAACAUACACUGGGAUACAAAUUCACCUUUCAGCAGGACAAUAACCUAAAACAUAAGGCCAAAUAUACACUAGAGUUGCUUACCAAGAUGACAUGGAAUGUUCCUGAGUGGUUUAGUUACUGUCUUAACUUAAAUUGGAUUGAAAAUCUACGGCAAGACUUGAAAACGGCUGUCUUGCAAUGAUCAACAACCACCUUUACAUAGCUGGAAGAACUUUUAAAAGAAUAAUGUGUAAAUAUUUUCCUACCCAGGUGUGCAAAGCUCUUACAGACUUACCCAGAAAGACUCACAGCUGUAAUCACUGCCAAAGGUGAUUCUAAUGUGUAUUGACUCAGUGGUGUGAAUACAGGGGUGCGAAAAAUAAAUUAGAUAUUUCAAUAAAUUUGCAACAAUUUCUAAAAACAUUUUUUUCAUGUCAUUAUUGGGUAUUGUGUGUAGAUGGGUGAGAGGAAAUAUCAAGACUCAGGAUAAGACCAGAUGCAGACAGUUUGAAUAACAGACGUUUAUUAUACAACAGGAGGCAGGCAAACGACAGGUCAAGGGCAGGCAGAGGUCGGUAGUCCAGGGCAGAGUAAGGUACAGAGUGGCAGGCAGGCUCAGGGUCAGGGCAGGCAGAGGUUGGUAGUCCAGGGCAGAGUAAGGUACAGAGUGGCAGGCAGGCUCAGGGUCAGGGCAGGCAGAGGUUAGUAAUCCAGGGCAGUGGCGAAAGGUACAGAAUGGCAGGCAGGCUCAGGGUCAGGGCAGUGAUCAAAACCAGGAUAACUAGUAAACAGGCUUGUGAUCAAAACCGGGAAAACAAGUAAACAGGCUUUGUAGGCUUGAUGAGACAAGACGAACUGGCAACAGACAAACAGAGAACACAGGUAUAAAUUCACACGGGAUAAUGGGGAAGAUGGGUGACACCCGGAAGGGGGUGGAGACGAGCACAAAGACAGGCGAAACAGAUCACGGUGUGUUUUUAAAUUUUUUUAUUAAUUUUGAAUUCAGGCUGUAACACAACAAACUGUGGAAUAAGUCAACGGGUAUGAAUACUUUCUGAAGGCACUGUAAUUAUAUAGUUCUCUGGUUUGUUGUGUACCUGUUUGUAUCUCAGAAGACCAGAACCUUAAUAAUACAAAUAAUAACAAUAACAGUAAUUUACUUUACAAACACUAAUUAAACUACAUACAUUUCUGAUCAUAUCUAAGAUAGUACAUGAUAGAAUAAUCUUAAUUCAGCACACAGUACCUGUACAGCAAAUAAGAGAAUAUUACAUUUUUUGUGAUUGUUAUUUAUAUUUUGAGCUAGUGCAAUAAUAAGCUAAUGUUGUAAAUAAAUUCUAAGAUACUUUGCCAUAUCUUUUCACACCAUCAGAAUGUAUUUUUCUUCCCCUGAACAUUUCCACAUCUCUGGUUUCGGUGGGUUAAAGUUGCUGAUGCAUUAACUGUUUGAGUCACAUGAUUACCAGUUGAAAAACCCCUCAGCCAGAGGUGAUGGACAGACUGAUUGGGUAAAACCAACAUACUGUGGCUUUUCUUCAGGACAUUAACAUAUUCGGUUAGUUCCUCGGAUGAACUAAAAGUAAAGCAUAUAUAAUUUCACCAUAUGUCAGUCUCAAACAAAAUAAAUGAGUAAAAGUAAACAAAUUGACAACAGGAUGUUGAGAAAUAAAGAUAAUGAUGUUUCUAACAAAGUGUUGAUAGCAUAAUGUAAUCUUCUGUAAGAUGCAGUGGAAUUACUUGUGAUGCUUCAUUCUUGAUGCCACUGCGUGAUGGGAAGUUGCAAUUUGAAAAUAAAAUCCAGUUUUUUUUAAAACAA